CCUGUUGUACCCGUUGACCGGAAGGAAUGUCUACCAGAAAUGAAUUUUUGUAGCUCAGAAAAUACGCAGCCGCAGGUGUUGCAGACAUAUCAGGAAGUAGAUCUGUCUGCCGGAACAGAGGAAAGUCUUAUAAGCACAGCUACUGAUGAUGAAAUUGGUUUAUAUGAUUGCGAGUGGGGUACUUGUGGUAUUGUCUACACAAAUAAGACGGUCUUCAUAAAACAUGUUGCCGAAAUUCACACGAAGUUCACCAACGAUUUUUGCUGUAAAUGGAGGAGCUGCUGUAGAACUGAUCCGUUUCUGUCCAAGCAUGAUUUGUUGCUUCACGUCAGAAUGCACACCGGAGAGCGGCCUAACAUAUGUCAUUUUCCUGGAUGUACAAAAAGUUACACAAGGUUAGAGAACUUGAAGACUCAUUUGAGAACUCACACGGGCGAAAGACCAUUUCACUGCAAGCAUGCCGGUUGUAACAAGGCGUUCACCAAUGCAUCAGAUUGUGCGAAGCACGAAACGCGAACUCACUCCGAUGCUAAGCCCUAUCACUGUUGCAUUGAUGGUUGUAAUAAAGCGUACACGGACCCUUCUUCAUUAAGAAAGCAUAUCAAACGACAUCACGGUGACGAGGUUUAUGAAAGUUUGAAGAAGAACAAGACACCUUACCGUCGUCGGAGAAGAAACGUCAAGUGUGUCAGUGAUUUGGAAAAUAAUAGUCUUUCUGUCUCAUCACCUGUGUAUCUUGACCAGAAACCUGUACUGAGUGAUAUAUUGAACUUCUCUCAAAGUAGUACGGGAUCUUCUGCUGGCUCUCCUUGUGCGUGCAGGAAUAAUGCUUGCGAUGUCAAUGGGUCAAAUGCUGAGAGUUUUUCAUCAUUCUAUCCAUACCAGCAAGCUACAAACUUCUACCAGCCGGUCUUUCCAUUUGCAGCAACUCAAGGGCUUCUGAAUGGCUUCGGCGCGAACGAUUACACUCCACUAAAUUCGGCCCCGAUGUCACUACAGCAACAAGGCGGUUAUUGCGCUUUCGGUUCAAACGAAGGCCUCUAUUCGAUAAGUCGCUAUCAGAGUCAAUAUUGUGAUCCGCAGUGUCAGAACCAGGAAUAUGAAUUUACUUACUAUUAG